CUUUGACGGCGGCGAUGGCUCUCGGAUUUCGAAUUUGGACCCUCUUUGAGCUUUCGCCCCAGCAUAACAGCGACCAGCAAAUACUGUACGUACAAUAGUUCAUACCGACGACUACUGCUGCAUAUCUAUUAGCUAGAGAGGCCAUUCUUGUGUUUGCAGUAAACAGCUUGAAGGGCACCACAUCUUACUCCAUCCAGCGCAAAGUGUCUUCGCUCGCGUUUCAAAGAGGUGGUAGCCUCGAAUGUCCCACAGUAUCUCGAACGAUACCGGCUUCGAUAGCAGCACGGUUGUAGGGAAGCAGGUCGACUCGAACGCGGCCCCUAGUGAUACUGAGCACGUGCUGGAUAUAGACCCCAUAGUAAAUGGGGACGGCAGUGACGAAUGGCGGGAGUUACCGGUCGACGAUACUGCAACGCUUGAACAAGAGCAAAACCCGAAAGUCCUGACGAAUACGCUAGACGAACCACCAGAACAGCAGCAUGACCAGGAAAGCCAAGCUGGGCAGGACGAACAGCAACCGCAGGCUUCGAAAGGGGAGGUGCAAAGCGCUCAGAAACCUCCAAAGGAAUCACAGUUGACGCCGCCUCAACGAAACCAGAACAACCCCGCUAUUGAGAAGAACUGGCUCCUGCGAUUUUUCCAAUCGGAUUUCUUUGAUCCGCGGAUCGCUCUUUCGUACCUGCAUCGCUAUCCAGAAUCGAUAGGAAUCCAACAUUACAUAUGCGACAGGUUGAAUGAAUUCCCCGUAGACGAAGUGGAGUUCUUCUUGCCUCAAUUAUGCCAUCUGGCGAUCACCAGCCAGAAUGAGUCCGUCGCACUGGAGAACUUCCUGCUGAAGCAAUGUAAACGAUCGCAGCAUUGUGCUGUUCUGACAUUCUGGCUCCUACAAGCGCAUUUGAACGACCUGAGGGCAUUACCGCAGUCGGAGAGCUACCGGUUGUGUCAAAGGCUAUACUACAGAUGUCAAGUCCUGAUGUUCACAGACGACUAUACCAGCAAAGCGGCAGGGAGUCCGGCACCUACCACAGCGAAGAUCGAGCACUCGUGGAAUCCUUUUCAGAAGAAGAAGAUGAGGGAGAACGUUCGGCCAGCGGUUGUUGGGAUAGGCGCUGUGCUUGCGGCUGGUGUAUGUCCGCUUGCUGUGGAUGCGGGCAGAGAAAUGAUACUGAGUCAAGGGCGGAGAUGGAAAGAUCUUGCACACGACACAGACGGCCCACAGACAUCCGCUGCGUCCACGAAGCGGUCGGACAGUGUGAGAAAUGGGCGAUCGGUUGACCAUGUAUUGGGCCAAACAUCGAAGGGACGCAGGCACUCCACCGAGAUCAUGUCGCAAGAACAGAGACAGAUCGACCUAGCGGCUCGGAUACCAAUAGGCUCACCGAGUCCAGAUGAGUUAUCGCGUGGCGGGGCGUUUUCGUUCAACCGCUAUGUGGCGAAGGCAAUUGAUACGACCAAAUCGCCACCCAAGACACCCGUUCGUCACCAGCCGCAACAGCGCUCGAGUAGCAUGUCGAACGUAGUGGACCAAUCUUUUUACUCGAACUUGCUGACUCGGCCCAGCGGAUCGAAAACGUCACCGAAUCACCCAGAUCUGGAGCGAAGCCAUUACUUCCAUGCCGAGAUGCAAUUCAUGAUGACAUUGGUGGAGAUCUCGGACCGGUUACGGACCGUGCCGAAGGAGGCCAGGCAGAGCACACUGAUUGCGGAAUUGGAACUGCUGAACCACAAUCUGCCGGCAAAUGUGUGCCUGACGCCCUGGUGCCGGGCAUCAGCAACGCAUCCUGCACACCACCGCAUCGCUCGAAUCAGCCCAUCCGACGCAGUCGUUCUGAACUCGGCUGAUAGGGUCCCAUACUUGAUAACAGUAGAGGUGUUGGAAAGCACCGAUCAAGACAAUGCGGCAGAAAGUCGUGUGGUUGAGAAGCGCCGUUCGCGUGCCUCAUUCCAUGGUGAUUACACGCACGAUCCUGAUGAGGCUGAAAGUCGAGUACGUUCCGAAAGACGAUCCAUGGACAGUCAGAGGUCAGUCUCAUGGGCGACAGAAGCAACGACACCGGCUGAAUAUCAUCGAAUGGUAUUGAAUCGACGAAAAUCGAACGCUUCCAUUACCUCCCGGACAUCGAUGAGCCCGCUCGAUGCCACCCCCACAUCCCCUCUAGCACACCCUGGGAAAGAUCCACUCGACAUCUCGAAUAAAGCAGCCCCAGCCCCACCAACUCCAGCAGACGAAUUCACCGAACGCCUUCGAACCGCGGCAGUUAUGUUAGCUCAACUAUAUCGACAGCAGCAGCGCGAUGUAUCAUCGCAGGGGCUCGCAUCCCCAACCGCGCAAUCCUCAACCAUGAUUGUUGGAGCGGGAGGCAUACCCGCACCGCUCCUAUCACCGCGUCAAUCGAGCCAGGCUGCUGACACAAACAUUGUGAACGUCCCAGCAUCGCAAGCCGUCAAUAAAGACAAGCGGAACUACCAAAAAUUAAAAGCCGAUUUUGAGUCCAUCAAGAAUCGGCUGAUUAAGGAGAUGGUUACGUUGGAGGAAGCCCGUGUCAAGGCCUUGGCGCAACGGAUGAAUGAAAGGGCGUCGUUGGGCGCCCAACAGGCCACAGAUGAUACGUUACCGGAAACGGAAGAGUCAUUACGAGCCCGAUGUCAAGAACGAGACAAGGAUGAUCCAAGUGCGGCGGUUUUCCGAGAAACAUGGGAUGCGAAGAUGGAGCGAAUCAGAGCAUCAUCGCCGUAUGGCCGACAACCCAAUUGGCGGCUGUUUUCCGUCAUUGUCAAAUCUGGUGCAGAUUUACGGCAGGAGCAACUGGCUUUGCAACUGAUCAAGGAGAUGCAGCGGAUAUGGCGUGCAGCCAAUGUUCCGGUCUGGGUUUGCUACUUCCAACUUCUGAUAACAUCAGAGCAGUCGGGCAUCAUGGAGACGAUCCGUGAUUCUAUCUCGGUGCACUCGAUCAAGAAGAACGCGUACGCAAAGCAGAUGAACGAAAACGGACUGCCGUUCACUCUGUACGACUAUUUCGUCAAGGAGUUCGGCCACCCGGGAAGUACACGGUUCGGGCAGGCUCAGGACAACUUCAUGCGAUCUCUCGCGGCAUACUCUGUGAUUUGCUACCUUCUGCAAAUCAAAGACAGCCCUGGCUCUGUCGGCUUCGAGCUAGCUCCAUUCAAGUUACCCCAAGAAUACGUCGAUAUCCUCGGCGGGCUUGGCAGCGAAAAGUUCCGAGAGUUCCGGGAACUCAUGAAGGAAUGUUUCCUGGCACUGCGAAAGGAAGCCGACGAAAUCGUCGCCCUCGUGAAGUUGAUGGAGCAUGGGUCCAGUCUCCCGUGUUUCACGGGCGUGACACCCAAGCCCUCCAACAUGCCCACGCCAUCAUCACACCCAACAACAUUCAUCAACUUUGCAGGUUCAGAGUAUGAUCUACAGAACGCCACGGGUGCAGCCGGGAAUAGUGCAGCCGCAGCAGCUGCCCAAGCCGCCGCCGGGACGGCCGCCAAUUCUCAUUCACAAACAGCGGCGGCAAGGACGUAUCCGGUCUCGGCGGCUCUGCGAGAACGAUUUCUCCCGGGCGGCACCAAGGACGAAGCUUGUGAGCUUGUCGAGUCCUUGAUCGAUCGCAGCUGUGGGAGUGCUUUCACAAGGAUGUACGACUCCUUCCAGGUGAGUGUACUUUCGCAUAUUGCUUCAAAUUUGUGGCGGAGAUGUGGUGAAGCCAACACACUAUGGAUGCCCCUCUUUCAGUACUACGCAAAUGGCGUACUGUAG